UAAACUGAGUACCUGCCAUGUUAGAAAUUUUUGAAUGUGCUAAAAGGUUAUUUUAAACGUGAAUUUACACUUGUUACGUACCUAAUUCGACAUGGUAUCCUAGUAUUGCCAUAGUUAUUAUUGUUAGACUUGAAAUCUUGCUGAUUUAUUAUGUAAAUUUUCGUCUUCCGUCGGAAAACCGGGUUGGUUUGUUUAAAUUAUGUCCCUUGUCUUGUCACGGGAAAAAAAUUGACAAGAAAGUUGACACAUUAUUUACAUUUUAUUCAGAAUUAAGGUUGUACUUGCCUCAAAUUCUUGGAGCAUUGAACAAUGCCCAUGGAAGGACUUAAAAGACGUCUGAGUUUUCGAAAGAAGAAGAAGGACAAGGUGCCAGAAUGUUCCAAACCACAUCAGUGGCAAGAAGAUGAGAAAAAAGUGAGAGAGGGAACAUGUAGCUUCCAAGUCAGGUAUUUAGGUUGUGUUGAAGUUUUUGAGUCCCGAGGUAUGCAGGUAUGUGAGGAAGCUGUGAAGACACUAAAAGAUAAAUGCAAGGGAAAGUACCAACGAGCCAUACUGUAUGUAUCUGGUGAUGCACUAAGAGUUGUUGAUGAAAUCAGCAAGAGUAUGAUAGUUGACCAAACAAUCGAGAAAGUGUCAUUCUGUGCUCCUGAUAGGAAUCAUGAAAAAGGAUUUGCUUACAUCUGUAGGGAUGGCACGACAAGACGGUGGAUGUGUCAUGGCUUUCUUGCAGUCAAAGAAUCGAGAUUGUGGAGAAAGCAAAAGAUUAAGGGUGAAAGACUGAGCCAUGCUGUCGGUUGUGCAUUUGCUAUAUGUCUGGAGAGAAAGCAAAAACGUGAUAAGGAAUCGACAACAAAUGUGACAGUAACCUAUAGUCAGGAUAGGUCAACAUUUGAGAGGAUGGGGUCAUUCAGACAGACCUCUAUGACAGAACGACUCACUGACCCACAAAGUGCAAUAUUGGCUGAACCAGUGCCGGUAAAGAAAGUCGACAAUCCGUUUGCUGUGCAGCGUCCACAUGCCACCCAGAACCUUCUGGUACGACAGGGUUCAUUCCGUGGUUUCUCCAAGCUACAGGAAGCCUCUUCACCAUUCAAGAGAACCUUAUCACUGAGGUUAAAUGAGUUGCCUUCUACCUUACAGAGACAGAAUGCAAUGGAAAUUUCUCCCCCAAAGUCAGCAGGUCUGAACAAUAAUGGAGUAAUACAUGAGGUGCCUUCACCGGAGAAUGAAGAUUCUAUCUCCCAGAUGUGUCAGCAACUUACACAAGGCUUGUCUGCACUAACAGAAGACCCUUUUGCCUCAGCCCCAGUGCAGGGGACACAGAAUGCUUACCUUGUUAAACAACACUCAAUGCCAACUACAUUCCACACAACUCAACAAGUUAUUAAUCAUCCGGCGCCUCCAUUGCACCAGACCAAUCCAUGGGGGUCCCCAAGUCAUGCUGUAACAACUGCGGCAAAAAUAGAAAAUGUUCAGGGUCGGGCAUCUCCUUCAACCAACCCUUUUGUUAACACGGCAAGUUCUACGCCAACGCCAUCUAGUGGAAUAUCAGGAUCUAUAAUAACAACAACACGACCAUUGCUGCACGACCACAACAGAAGUCAUUCCAUGGAUUCGGGUAAUAUUACUUCGUGGCAACAACAACAAAACACUAAAAAGCAUACUUUGCUGGAAAUGGCCCAUCACCAAAGUUUUCAGUUAAAUGGUAAUGCCACAACUGCAGAAAGUGUUUGGCCAACAGACACAGACUGGGCUUCAAGUCAUCAACAGACUACUGUUACAAAUACAACACAGAAUCAGUCUAAAACCCCAGUGAAAAAUGAGGACACUUUUGACCCAUUCGAUGUUGCCUGGGCAGCAAAAAAUUCAGCCCAAGGGCAAGUAACUCAGACCACAAACAGUGCCAGUAGUAAUCCGUUCACAACGAAAACUGUGACAACAUACAAGGUGGAGUUGUGAUCAAAUUUAUCAUAGAUAAGAAAGGAAAAGUUUCGGUGAACAUAUAGCAAAAUGUAUUGUUUUCUCUCAAUGGAAAAUGGAGAAAAAAUGAGAUGUACAGCUUUGUCGUAAUGUAUUAACAGUUCAUAGCCUAGAUAGUAAAAGUAUUUAUUUAGCAUUUAUAAUGCAAAUGCAUUGUGCUAUAGGAUAGAAAGAAUUUAAAGGGAAAAGUGGAAAGUGGAGUAACAUUCAAUCAUAACGUAGUAUUUUUAAGCCACAUUUUAUGUCAGACUUUAUUUUUAAGUUUUAAUUAUGUUUUGAUAGAUUAUUCAGUUACAUAUUUUUUUCUUGGAUUUUUUUAUGUUUUUUCCCAAACACCAUUAAUGCCUCAUUUAUAUGCACAUAUCUGGGAGACGGACAAGGGAUCUCUGCUUAUUUUGAAAAGGGAAAUUAUUUGUUUUUUGUAUUGGGAAAUGCAGUUGGGACCAGUAUUUUAAGGAAAUGACUGUAUGUACAAGAUAUUGUUCUGCUUUUCUGGAAAGAAGCUUAAUAUGAGCCGCGCUAUGAGAAAACCAACAUAAUGGCUUUGCUACUAGCAUGGAUCCAGACCAGCCUGCGCAUCUGCGCAGUCUGGUCAGUAUCCAUGCUGUUUGCUUUCAAAGCCUAUUGCAAUCAGAGAAACUGUUAGCGAACAGCAUGGAUCCUGACCAUACUGCGCGGAUGUGCAGGCUGGUCUGGAUCCAUGCUGGUCGCAAACGCACUAUGUUGGUUUUCUCAUGGCGCGGCUUAAUAUACAUUUAGUUGGUAUCUUCUUGCUUUAUGUGUGUUAGGCUUAACUCUGUUCAAUUUGUAUUGGAUCUAACUAAUCGCAUUUGAUAUAGGUAGUUGUUAAAGUGUCGAUUAUAUUAAUCAGAUUCCGGAUUAACAGGGGGAAAAAAGUUUCUAUGAUGCGGGUGAUUAUUUUCAUUAGCUGGUAAUCAUUUUAUUUUCAUUCAAUUCUUGGCUGGGUAAUGUCUUUUAGAGGAAAUGAUUGGAUUGUAUGGUUAGCUAAAACAGAUGUGUUUAAAAUGUGCUACUUUAGAAACAAUUUUGUUAAAGUUUUAAAACUUUUUUCCACCACUGACUGAUGAAAUGUUUACAGUUACCGAACAGAUAUGCUUGUAAGUAUUGGAGAUAUGUUCCAGAAACCAAAAGCAUCUCAGAAAAAGUAAUCAAGUUAACAAUGGAGUAAACAGCUUGCAUAAAACUGUUUAUUUCACGCCAUCGCAGGCAGAACUGAAACUUUUAGAAACAGGAAAUUCUGGUUUACUUUUGUCGUUUAGUUGUAAUAUCAGUAUACAGUACCUUGGCUAUUAAAAUACAUUUCCAGAGAAUGACUAAUUUGCUUUUUGGUGCUUUUAUAUUUGGAACAAGGAAGAUUGAUUCAAAAUGAUUUUAAAAAGCUUUGAUUUUGACUGCAAACAUUAAAGAGUGUGAAAUCUUAUGUUUGUCCCGUUUUUAGCUUAUUUUUUAUAUAAGUAUCUUAUAGCUUUAUUGAACACAGACUUGCUUGUUGUAAUACUAGUUUCAUUAAUUCAUCAGCAUUUCAGCCAUAAUAAAGAGUUUAAAGGAUAAAGAAAUGUGCUAUAUAUGUUGUUAAUAAAUAUUUACACUGUAUUAUACACUGAAGGAUAGCGCAAUAAUUUUGUACUGCUAGUUGUUUUAUAUUCCUGCAGAGACAGGCAUUUAGUACUCACUCUGUCCUUAUUGUUGGUUCCUACAUCGGUUUGUUGGCUUGUCUGUCCAUUAGAAACAGUUUGUUUAUCGGCUAUAGAAUUAUUUUUGAUUGAGGAGAGGGAUUCCAAAGUAAGCUGACACAGAUGUUCAGCAUAAUGUCCCACUCAAGAGAAUGUUCAGACCUCCAAGGUAGAGAGAUCACAUGUUAACUUGGGGUAAGGUUAACUUGCUUUUGACAAUUCAAGGGGUUCCAGUUAUACUUAACAAAAAAGUUUAAAUGUCUUUGGUGGCGCUAGUCAAGUUCAUGUUUCCUCUGUGCACUCCUCGUAGGUCUCGAGCAAGUCCAACGGGUACAAAUACCUUUCAGACAACAAGUGUGAAAACACCCUUCAUAUUUCUGUCUUUUCAAAGAAUGUUCACAACUUAGACCUUUUAAGAUGUCCACAAUAUUUAAGGAACUGGUAUACAUAUGCCACCAAGUUUUAUUUUGAUGUUUGAUUUUGUUAAAUCAGUGAGUUACAGAAGUUUCAAGUAGAAGUUCAACAAAUUUAAUUUUACAGCCAAGUUUUUCCCUGUGUCUGGUGUUCCAUUUUUGGGGAAAUGAAUGUUUCACAAAUGCUUUUCUUGUUUAUCAUAAAGAUAUUUCAUUUGUCGCCUUCUUGGCAAGAUACCACUGUAUGUUUUAAUUUCAGCCUUUGAACACUCCGUUGUGAUUUUUAAACUAUUUUAUGCGAUGAUCUUUCAUUAUUUUCUUUUACACACUGUCAAUCAUGUCUGUUUUAAAUCCAAACAGGGUGUUUAAUUGUCUGUAUGUGAAAUUUCAGAUAUGAUUUUAUUUGAAUAUUUUGCUUUUAAUACUUGCCAAUUGAGAUAAAGUACAGUUGUUAGUAGCCACUAAAAGUGGGAAUAAAUAACUUUUUAUAUGCAUAUUUCCCAAAUAAAAUAUAUACCUUCCACUGAGAGAAGUAUAUCGGGUUAGUAGGAAGUAGGACAUUCUGUAAAACCAACUAUAGAUGUUUCUCGGUUUUAAUUUCUGAAUUUUUAAGUAAAGACAAAGCUAAAUUUGAUGAAAGUUCUCUCAAACAGAACUGUUUAUGCAGGUUUGCAUGAAACUUGUCCGGUUUAUUACAUAGUACACUUUUAUUAGAUUGUAUAGAUAAUUUAUACUUCUUAAUUCAUAUGUAAAGUCUGUCUUCAUUAUAUAUCAAAUAUAAUGUUUUUAAAGAACAGUUUUAUUUUCUCACCUGACCUUUCUUCAGGGUGAACUUCAGAUGUUUGUGGAUGGUCCAGCAUCAAAUAACCUGCAGCGAUCGUUCAACAUCACCAUAUAUACUUAAACAACGAUGACACUACUGUCAGAAUUACACCAAACUUGGUCUAUAGCAUAGUAAUAUGGUCCUCUCACAAGGAGGGGUAUAUUGUUUUGCAGAUGUCUGUAGGUUGAGAUGUAUACCAAUCCGUUUCAGGAUGAUAACUCAAGAACGCUUGGGCUUAGGAUCAUGAAAGUUUAUAGGGUGGUUGGUCAUAACCAGCAGAUGACCCCUAUUGAUUUUGAGAUCAGUAGGUUAAAGGUCAAGGUCACAGUGACACAGAGCAGUUAAAGUGUUUCCGGAUGAUAACUCAAGAAAGCUUGAGCCUAGGAUCAUGAAAGUUGAUAGGGAGGUUGGUCAUGACCAGCAGAUGACCCCUAUUGAUUUUGAGGUCAGUAAGUCAAGGUCACCAUGACCAGGAACAGUUUAACUGUUUCUGGAUGAUAACUCAAGAACGCUUAGGCCUAUGAUCACGAAAGUUGAUAGGGAGGUUGACAAUGACCAGCAGAUGACCCCUAUUGAUUUUGAGGUCAGUAGGCCAAAGGUCAAGGACACAUGGACCUGGAACAGAAAAAUCAUUUCCAGAUGAUAACUUGAGAACGCUUGGGCUUAGGAUCACGAAACUUAAUAGGGAGGUUGAUCAUGACCAGCAGGUGACCCUAUUGAUUUUGAGGUCAGUAGGUCAGUGGUCAAGGUCACAGUGGCCUGGAACAGCAAAUAUAUGUCCGGAAGAUAACUUGAGAAUGCUAAGGCCUAGGAUCACUAAACUUAAAAGGGAUGUUUAUCAUGACCAGCAGAUGAUCCCUAUUGAUUUUGAGGUCAACAGGUCAAAGAUCAAGGUCAAUUUGCCCAAGAACAGUAGAACUCUUGUGCACAGUGACCAAAUAAUUUCUGUUCCUUGUGCAAUUACUGAAUCAUAAUGCAUCAAGGGGGGCAUUUUGUGUUCUAUGAGCUCUUGUUUAAAUAGUUUCCCUUUGUCAUUUUUAAGGGGCCAAAAGAGCUAUAAAUAGAAAAACCAUUGACUUCUUCUCACAAACCACUUUAUGGAGUUUCACCGGACAUGGUCUGUAGCAUCCUUGUUUUGACUUUUUUGUCAAAUCUGAUCAAAUGGUUAUGCUUGGCCGUUUACAGGGCUAUCAGACCUUUAAACAAUAUCUGAUCUUUAUCCAUGUGAUGGAUCUUUACCAAAUUAGCUUUUAACAUUCUUGUAUGAACCUCUACAGUUUAUUCAGAUGGUUCGACUUGGCACCUUUAGGGAUCACUACAGCUAAAUAUAGAACUAAAAACAUUUUUUUAUGAACCAUUCUUUGGGCGUUCACAAAACUUGGUCUGUAUCAUUGUAUGAACCUCUUUUUCAGGUUUGUUCAACUGGCUGUCUUCAGCCUAUUAAUGGAUAACCAGAGCUAAAAACAGAAAAAAAAGUCAUUGACCUACGUCAUUUCAUGAACUGCUUGAUGGCUUGUUACAAUAAUUUGUAUAUAGCAUGCUUGCACGGACUUCUCGGGGUUUAUUCAAAUUGUUCUGCUUGUAACCUUUUAUGAGUGGCUGGACCCAUUAAUUGACUGUCUCGGGAUGUUCACUAAAUUUAGUCAAAGGAAAGGUCAAAAGGUCUGUGUCCCCUUAGGUGAGCAUCUAAGGUGCGUUUGGUCCUCUCGUUAGUUUCAAUUUAGUUUCAAGUAAAAUAAUUCCAUUUUAAAAGCAAUAAGAUUGUAUUCCUCAAAUAUUUCUUUCAAGUAGAACACUUUUAUUUCUUAAAAAUGUAGUCUUUUAGUUUUAUUAUGUAUAUAAAGGAGCUUUAUAAAGUCAUGCAUUGUAAAAAAAGAAAGGUCUGGUACUUUACUCGAUAAAACUGUGUUGUGAUACAUUAUUACAUUAUUAUUUGUGAUAGUUUGUUUUUCAUAUUCAUUUUUACGAUGAUAGCUUUCACACAAUUCAUUUUAUUAGUGUACAUAUCAAUUAUGUAUAAUAUUGUAUAUAUAUAAAAUGACUAACCUGUUUUUCUUUUUCUCACUAAAGUAAAAGUCACAUUUGACUGAUUUAAAAAUGAAAUAUUGUUUGCUUUUUCACUUUCAAAUUUCCCUGCCUUCAAAACAGAGAGAAUAUACGUUACUUGAAAGAAUGAUUGAUUGUUCUUGAAAAAGAAG